ACUGCUCAGUAGACAUUUGAUGUCCAUCUUGACUAAAGGCAGAUUCUCUUCUCUGCUGUUCCAGUUUCACCCUUUCUUGCAAGACUCUCAGUUUUACAACACUUCCAUUGACGGAGUAUAUUUGGAUGAGAAUGGUGAACUAGCAGCUGAUUUGGACAUUGUGAAUUGGGUCAAGUUUUCCAAUAAGUCUGUUGUCAGUGUGAAAUUUGGGAGCAUAGCAAGGCAAGGUUCCGCGGAGCCCUUAUUCAAGAUUGACGAAGAAGCCAUAAUGUGGCCCAAAUGUCUCAACCAGAGCCUGCCACCUUCCAGAUGCGUGGAAAGAUGUCAUCCUGGGUUCCUGAAAGUGAUUCAGAGAGGACGGCCAAUUUGCUGCUAUGACUGCAUUCCUUGUGCGAAGGGAGCCAUCUCCACUCAGGAAGAUGCAGUCUACUGCACCAGAUGUUUGGAAGAUCAGCAUCCAAAUGAACACCGAGAUCACUGUCUGUCAAAGUUUAUCACCUUCUUGUCAUAUGGAGAGUAUUUGGGAAUCAUCCUGGUUUCCUUUGCUCUAUUUUUGUCAUUCAUCACAGCCUUUGUGUUAGUAAUUUUCAUUAAAUAUCAUGAAACUCCAAUAGUCAAAGCCAACAACCGGGAUCUCUCCUACAUUCUACUCACAUCACUCCUCCUUUCUUUUCUCACUAGCUUUCUCUUCAUUGGCCAGCCAAGGAAAGUUACCUGUCUUCUCCGACAAUCAGCCUUCAUUAUCAUUUUUUCAGUGGCCGUCUCUUCCCUCUUAGCCAAAACCAUCACAGUGGUGCUGGCCUUCUUGGCAACAAAACCAGGAAGCAGUGUGAGGAGAUGGCUUGGGAAGACACUGGCCAAUACUCUUGUUCUUGUUUCCUCUGCUGUGCAAGUUCUGAUAUGCUCCAUCUGGCUGGGAAUCUUUCCUCCCUUCCCUGACACUGACAAGCACUCACACCCUGAAGAGAUUAUCCUGCAAUGCAAUGAAGGACCUGUUAUCAUGUUUUAUUCUGCCCUGGGUUAUAUGGGUUUCCUGGCUCUUGUUUGCUUCACAGUGGCUUUCCUGGCCCGGAGGCUGCCUGGGGCUUUCAAUGAAGCCAAGCUGAUCACCUUCAGCAUGCUGGUUUUCUGUAGUGUUUGGGUCUCCUUUGUGCCCACCUACCUGAGCACCAAGGGCAAGUACAUGGUGGCUGUGCAGGUCUUCUCCAUCUUGGCCUCCAGUGCUGGGCUGUUGGGUUGCAUUUUUUCCCCCAAGUGCUACAUUAUUUUGCUAAGGUGUGAGCUGAAUACAAAGGAGCAGCUAACUGCAAAAAUCAAAAUAUAG